GCUGGAUGGGACGGGAGACCUUCCUCCAAUAGGAGCUGGGCAGUGGGCGGUGCGAGUGCUGGUGCUCGUGCCAGCCAGCCACUGACGAGGAGACGCUGGCCGAUCCGCCACGAUGCCCAUGUACAAGGUGAGGCCCUUUCAUGGGGGGCCUGGCGCGGCGGUGUUGGCCGAGCACCUCCCCACCUGCAUGUACCUGGUGCGGAAUAUACACCAAAAUCCUCAGGGCGGCUCCUCCUCUUCUUGCUCCUCUUCGCCGCCUCACCAGGAUGAAGUUGAUCCAGCACUUCAGGCACUUGAAUCCCGACAGGAGGAGAUUUUAAAACGCCUGUAUGAAUUGAAAGCUGCUGUGGAUGGGCUUUCAAAGAUGAUCCAAACACCGGAUGCAGACUUUGAUGCAACAAACAUAAUCCAAGCAGAUGAACACAUUCCUUUAACUGCUAAUGCUGCAGAGCUGGAUAAUUUACUUGGGAAGGACUAUGGUGCUCUGAAGGAUAUUGUGAUCAAUGCAAACCCCUCUGCCCCUCCAUUGUCACUGUUGAUACUCCACAGCUUGCUGUGUGAGAGCUACAAGAUAUUAUCAGCUGUUCAUACACACUCUUCUGUAAAGAGUGUGCCAGAAAAUCUCCUGAAAUGCUUUGGUGAGCACCCUAAGAAGCAAUCACGUCAUGAAUGCCAGCUGGGAUUUACAUUAAUUUGGAAAGAUGUGCCAAAACCCCAGAUGAAGUUCAGCAUUCAAACCAUGUGUCCCAUUGAAGGAGAGGGAAAUAUUGCUAGGUUUUUGUUCUCCUUACUUGGUCAGAAGCAUAAUGCAGUUACAGCAACUCUGAUAGAUAGCUGGGUAGAUACAGCCAUCUUCCAACUGCAAGAAGGGACCAAUAAAGAAAAGGCAGCCGUUUUGCGAUGCAUGAAUGCAGCCCUUGGCAAGACUUCCUGGUUGGUGGGAAAUGAACUGACAGUAGCUGACAUUGUAGCCUGGUGUGCACUUCAGCGGAUGGGGAGCAUCAAUGCUGUUCCAGCCAAUGUGCAAAAAUGGUUCAAAUCGUGUGAGAAUUUGGCACCUUUUAACUCUGUUCUCAAUCUGCUUUAAGUAAACUCACAUUCUGUAGAAAGGGACACAGUUUAAGUAUUUUCUAUAUCUUAUGUGCUGUGAGCAUGAUAAUGUCUCUGUGAAUAAAAUUUUAGAAGCCAACUGUCAACGGUCUUAGAUCAAUAAAAUACAUCCAUUACCUCUUGUGUA